AUGAUAGACUCAACUAUGAAUACCAAUAUUCCUCCAAAAUUAACAACAGUAAUAGCUGAUAAUAAGGUAACUGCAACUGAAGUAGAAAGUGUAACGAAAAGAGUUGCAUCUGAUCAAUUGGAAGGUCAGGUAAAGAAGGAUAUGGUUGAUCAUUCUUUAUGCGAAGAACGAGUUCCGAGUGUUGUUACAAAAUCUAUUGCUCAACCAAAAUUCAUUAGCGCCUCGGAGACAGCUGCCAACGCUCGUGCAAGUGUUCAAACGACGUUCGAAAUUUCUGAUGAAGAAUUGUUAGAAAUGGCUCUCAAGUUUGAAAUAGAACAUCCUCAAUAG